AUGACCAAUCUCAUAAAGCACCCGACGGUGAUGAAGAAACUGCAAGACGAAAUAAGACACAUCAUGCAAGAAAAACAGCACAUAACCGACGAAGACAUACGAAAGAUGCAAUAUCUCAAAGCCGUAAUAAAGGAAACGUUCCGCUACCACCCUACGAUUGCCACGUUCCUCCACAAAUCAAGGGAAUACGUAAACCUAAUAGGGUGUUACGAUAUUCCACCAAAGACGAUGGUCAUGAUCAACACGUGGGCCAUCGGUCGGGACCCGUCUUAUUGGGACGAGCCCGAGAGGUACAUGCCCGAAAGAUUCUUGAACUCUACUGUUGAUAUCAAGGGUUUUGAUUUUCAGUUGCUCCCGUUUGGUGCCGGAAGUAGAAUAUGCCCUGGAAUUGGAUUUGCAGAAACUUCGAUCGAGCACACCAUUGCGAACCUCGUGCACAAGUUUGAUUGGGCAUUGCCGGAUGGAAUGAAAGGAGAAGACUUGGAUGUGACCGAAAAACAUGGACUUUCACUUAGAAAGAAACUUCCUCUUAUCGUUGUUCCAACUUCCAAGUGUUAG